AUGCACGCGCGACGCAAGUCGGAAGAGCAAACAGACGAAAAAUGGGAAAUGUAUCCAGCAAACGCCGAAAAGGCUUCUCGCGAUCGUCGCUCAAAUUUACGACUGAUAUGGUCUCCGGCGUCAGAAGCUCUCUCUUCUUUAGCCCAGAGGUUUGGCAAUGUCGUCUGGGAUAUCAUAUUUUCGAAAUUACAACAACCCCAGGGAACCCAAGAAGCUCCUGAAUGGCUGACCGCUAUCAAGGACGAUGAGAAUGACAUGGAUCCUUGGGAAGAACGAUCUUGGAGAGACCCUACUGCACAUAAGCUUCGGGAUGCCGCUGCAAAUUGGCUCGAUAAGCAUUACCACUGCAAGAUCAUCACUUCGCAAGUUUGGCAAUCCAAAGGCUCUGCACUCCACACGCUGCGAGAACUGUACCGCUCCAUCAUCUCCUACCCCGAUCGGGCAUUGCAAACGGUAUCCUUAUCCUGCUUGCUCGCAUAUAAGUCGCCCCACCUCCAGCAUCAUGAGGAGAAGUUACGCCUCCUCCUCGACGAAACUAAGUGGAGAGACGAGUUGACGUCUUUGCAUUUGUCGUCGAUAGAGAUCAAGGACCGACCGCAGCUAGUGGAUGUCAUCGUUCGUCUGCUAUAUGGGCUCACGUUGGAAAGGAAGGGUCGCUCUAGGGGUAGUAAUCGCCGGGCUGCUGUGCUGACAGCAUCGGCAGGAUGCACAGACCAGGAACUCUCUCUUCUAGUGGAUCUGAUGUUGAAACCGAUGCAGUCUGACAGCCAUGCUUGCCAGGAUGACAUGUUCUCACUGUGCAAUAUUUUCUCAGACGUCUCAUUGAAGCAGCAAUCUGGUUACCUGACUUUGUCGGGUGACAAGCAGCUGUCGAAUGUGACGGCAGCCGAGGCUGUCGAGCAGGUGGAAAACGAAGCGGACGAAGAGGAGAGCGAAGUCGGAGAGGUAUUCUAUUCCACAGCCUUGCGUUCCGUGAGGCAACAAGGCCUCAAGCGGCUUGCCGAUUUCUUUCGCUACCCGGUUGAAUUUGACUUCACACCCUAUCUCUUCGCGUCAUUUUCCGAUAUCGUUGCUCCAUGUCUGGAGUUAUUGGAUCAAGAGAACAAGCCCCUUCCGCGCUCAUGGAAUUGUUCUAUAUAUAGACCAGUCGACCAGAGUAUUCGGUGCAGCCUUGUACAACACGACCCUCGUGUACUGCCAAAGAUUCUCGACUGCCUUGUCGCGGCCAACAUCAAGCCAGCAGUGAUCAACAGAGUAUUCGACAUCGUAGAGCGCCUGCUGCUGUAUUCUGCGGAUGACAGUCGAUUCCUGGAUUUGCUCAUUCAGCCAUAUAUAUCGCAGUUGCUCAAGAACCUCACAACUUUGGUCGAACGCACAAAGGCUGAUGCAGCGCUUUCAAGUCCAAUUACUCAGCGCCAAAUCAGCCUACUUUCGGAGGUCGCUCGUUACGCUGGAGAUUCUAUGCAAACCUUGACUCUACUCAGCCUUCUCUCCCCUUUGCUACGCAAGUCUAGCAGAAUCAUAUCUGAGAAAGUCAAAGUCAAGCUUCUCGGCACCCUCGGUCAUAUAUUCCCUCUACUCACUGAGCUGUCAAUCCUCGAUAUUGGGUGUUUUCAGGAGGGCGGAGAGAGCAACAGCGCAGACGUUGACAGCUGGGACGACAGAUGA